UGGCCUGGCGUGAUGGGAUGGAGGGGAGGGGCUGUGCCCGGUGGUGGAAGGAGCACUGGAUGUGGAGUCAGGAGUCAGCCAGCCCACCCUGCCACCUACUGGGAGAGGAACUCAGGCUUCAGCCUUUCAUCUGCAAGAAGAGGGGACUGGAUUAGGGGAUAGCUUAUGCCUCCUUCAGCCCUGAAACUGAUUCUGUGGACUGCCUGCACCUGAAGUCAGGGAGGCUGGAGAAAGCACCGUUGCAGGGACCUUCUUCAGACCACCUGGCCCAGUAACUUGGUUCUUCUGCUGAUUUCUUUCCUUCACCCUCCUUAGUCCCGUUCUAUCUUGGCCUGCUGGUUCUGGAAUCGUUCCACUCCCUCCCCCACCCCACCCCAGCUGGGGGCAUUUCUUCCCAAGAUCCUGCAGGGUCAGCUUAGAGAUCUUGUUGUUUAGUCGCUAGGUUGUGUCUGACUCUUUGCGAACCCAUGAACUGUAGCCCCUUAGGCUCCUCUGUCCACGGGAUUUCCCAGGCAAAAAUACUGGAAUGGAUUGCCAUCCUCCUCCAGGGGAUCUUUCUGACCCAGGGAUCGAACCCAGGUCUCCUGGAUUGGCAGUACAUCGACAUCUUUGUGUACUUCAGCCAUCACACGGUCACCAUCCCCCCAGUAGGCUGGACCAACGCUGCCCACAGGCAUGGGGUCUGCGUGCUGGGGACUUUCAUCACUGAAUGGAAAGACGGGGAGCGGCUCUGCGAGGCCUUCCUGGCCGGGGACGAGCGCUCGUACCGGGCGGUGGCUGAUCAGCUGGUCCUGAUCGCCCAGUUUUUCCGAUUUGACGGCUGGCUGAUCAACAUUGAGAAUUCUCUGAGUCUGGCCGCCGUGGGGAAUGUGCCCCACUUCCUCCGGUACCUGACCUCUCAGCUGCAUCAGCAGGUCCCCGGGGGCCUAGUGCUCUGGUACGACAGUGUGGUGAGCAGCGGGCAGCUCAAAUGGCAGGACGAGCUCAACGAACAGAACAGGGUCUUCUUCGAUUCCUGCGACGGCUUCUUCACCAACUAUAACUGGCGGGAGGAGCAUCUGGAGCGGAUGCUGGGGCAGGCCGGGGAGCGCCUGGCUGACGUGUACGUGGGUGUGGACGUGUUCGCCCGCGGGAAUGUCGUCGGGGGCCGGUUCGACACAAACAAGUCGCUGGAGUUGAUUCGGAAGCACGGGUUCUCGGCGGCCCUGUUCGCGCCUGGCUGGGUGUACGAGUGUUUGGAGAAGGGCGAUUUCUUCCAGAACCAGGACAAGUUCUGGAGUUUGCUGGAACGCUACUUGCCCACACACAGCAUCUGCUCCUUGCCCUUUGUCACUUCCUUCUGCCUGGGCAUGGGGACUCGAAGAGUCUGCUAUGGCCAGGAGGAGGCCGUGGGGCCCUGGUACCACCCGAGUGCCCAGGAGAUCCAGCCCCUGUUUGGAGAGCACAGGCUGGAAGGGAACGGGCGGGGCUGGGUGAAGACACACUGCUGCCUGGAGGAUGCCUGGAACGGGGGCAGCUCUCUGCUCAUCCGGGGGCUGAUUCCGCCCGAGGUUGGAACCGUGGCUGUGAGGUUGUUCUCCCUGCAGGUCCCAGUGCCACCCAAGAUCUUCCUGUCCUUGGUCUACAAGCUGGAAGGGCCUUCGGCUGUGGGGGUGGCUUUGGAGCUCACCACAGGGGACGCGGGCAGCUGUCACGUGGGAGGCAUCUCUGCGCUGAGUGCAGAAACCAGCUCCAGGCGCAGUCCCCGACCCCUCCGAGUGCCCCCAACCAAGCUGGCCAAAUGGGUGGGCCGCUGCGGCCAGCAGCUCAGUGGGGGCUGGGUCCAGCGCUGCUACGAAGUGAAUCUUCGGGGCUGCCUCCUGCAAGACCUCUUUGUUAAUUUCUCCCGGCCUCCGGGCAGCCAGAAGGAGGAGAACUUCAUCUGUCGCCUUGGAGAGCUCCAGGUGGUGGAUGCCAACAGCCUGCUGACGCCGCUCCCCCAGGUGCAGGCCGUGACGGUCUCACACGUGCGCUGGCAGCCGGCCACCUCCGAGCGGGAGGGCGGCUCCGCCGGGCUCCGGCUCAGCUGCACUCUCCACUGGGCCUACCUCCUUCCCCGCGUCCGGUGCUUCCGGAUCCACUGCUGCCGAGGAUCGGAAGGUGGCUCUCCCAGCAGCGGGCCUUCGGAGCCGGGGAGGCCCAGGCUGCUGGGCCUGGCUUUUGUCAACCAGUAUCGGAUAGUGGACCUGGCAGUGGCAGCCGCGGAGCCUGGCCGGGAUGGCCGUGUGGAGUUCCUGGUGGAGCCUGUCCCCAAAGAGGGGUUCCUGUUGCCUCGGGCCGAGUGGGGCAGGGCGGCCAUGCUCUACUCCAUGCCCCGCACGUGAGCAGACAUUAAAGCAGAGUCUCCUA